AACAUCUGAUUAAAGUUUUGAUCCGGACAGAUCACUUCAUAUUCUCUGUUAAAGAUGUUGAACAAAAAGACGAAUCUGUGCAAACGAAUCUGCCUGGAAAACGGAUUUCUGCCUCUUAAUUUAUUCACACUGGGUCACAUCAGAGGCAGGAGGGGCUGAAACUUAAGGAGAGCAGAGGACGGACGGGAAACUGUUCUGUUUGCUGCCGUGCUGAGAGCUCAGAGUAAAGAUGAAGCUUUUAGCCUUCCUGUGUCUGUCCGUUCUCUUAGCUCACAUUCAUCUCUCAGCGGCAGGCAAAAUCAAACUGUCGAAGACUUUUAAGAUGACAAAGAUAAAAACUAAUCUGGAUGCCAAAACUAAACAUUCAAUCCUGAAUAAGGCCAAAAAUCCCACUUCAAAUAAAGGAAGUUACCCUAAGCAACCAGAACGAGGCUAUCCUCAGUACCCAGGAAGACAACCUCAAUAUCCAGCGAGAGGUUAUCCUCAGUACCCAAACCAACAUGGAGGUUCUCCUUACCAUGGAAGCUACCCUCACUACCCACAGUAUCCUGCCGGCCAUUACCCAGCUCCCGGGUAUGGGGGAGGUUAUGGAAACUAUCCAGGUAGCUACAUCAACCACAACCCAAACAACAGGAUCCUGAGCCCUCACUACGGUGGGAGUUUUGGAUAUGGUGGUUAUGGAGGUGGGGGUGGUUCUCCCUUCUCUCACUCAGUUCAGAAAAUGGGAUUUUCUCCGUCUGAUCAAUCCAAAGGGUUCGGACGCAGUGCGGCAAUGGCGGCGGAUGGAAGGGUAAUGAUAGGAAUGGCCCUGGGCUACGGAUUAGGGAAGUUUCCCCGUCCCAAUUUCCACUUCCACAACCCCCACCAGAGGCAUUACUACAACUUCUACAUGUACAGGCAAUACGGUAUGAAAUCCUCUGACAGGAACGACUACAGCAGGGACUACAAGUUCAAUCAACCACCUGAGGAAUUUGACAAGUUCAUGGCCUCCUGCAUGAAUAGGACGGACCUUCUGCUAGGAGAGAACCAGAGGUCAGAAACCAAACCACUGACCACCACAACAACAACAACUUCUGCAACUAACACAACUACUACCACAAGAAGCAACAUCACUGCAGCGGAGAACGUCUCCUUCACCGAAAAUUCAACCAACAACCCUCUCAAUGAGUCUGAUGUUACAAAUCUGAAUGUUUCACAGACUCUCCAGAACAACGAGACGGACGAUGACACAGUCAGUAUUGUGGAAAUUGGCUACCCAGCGUUGAUCAACCAGAUGAAGAUGAAAAGAUGUACGGAGCUUUACGUCGUUCACUCUGAAAAACACUUGAAGAAAAAUAAACAGUCUUCACCUCACAGUGGGAAAGAAAGCCUGCAGAUGGGGCGGCAAGGGCUACUUUUUGUAUUCAUGAGCACAACUAUGAUGUCAAUGCUGCACAAUUAUGUGAAGAUGCAGCUUAAGUCUUCUCUACUGUGCCUUCUUUUGUUUCACUUUCCUUUCCUAUUGGCCAAAAGAGGUGGAAGCUUAGGGAAGGGCCUUGGUGGAAGAAAGGGGUCCACACCCAGCCGAAGUGGCACUAGCAGCAACACAUGGUACAAAAGCAAUCAGGGCUCCAAUACUCAGGGUGGACAACCCAAACAGCCAAAACAAAGCAACCAGGGAGGAUACCCAGGUGGUUACCCCAGGCAGCAGGGUGGAGGCUACUACAACCCUUAUGGAGGAAUGGGGUCACCAUAUAGCAACAGAGGGUACCCAGGUGGAUACAUCAAUGCCAACCCAAAUAAUAAAAUUUUAAGCCCUCGCUAUGGUGGCAGCUUUGGCUACGGAGGGUAUGGCUCCAGGGGUGGCUCUCCAUUUUCCCAGUCAGUCCAGGGAAUGGGUUUCUUCCCUAACAGAAACUCCAGAGGGUUUGGGCGCUCAGCAAUGAUAGCAGCGGGUGGAGGGGCUGUGGCGGGGAUGGCCCUGGGUUACGGAUUGGGAAGGUUCCCCCGGCCCGAUUUUCAUUUUCACAACGCCCAACAAGAGUACUACUACAACCACUACAUGUACAGGAAAUAUGGUACCCGUUCAACUGACGCCAACGACUACAGCAGAGACUAUCGCUUCAAUACUCCCUCAGGAAACUACGACGACUUCAUGGACGACUGCAUGAAGAGAAUUGACCUGUCUGCAGAGAGUCAAAAGCCACUAAGUAAACCAACCAGCAGGACCCCAAGUAGAGCGUCCACCCCUUUAACCAACAACACGACAAACACCACCACACCUUCAAGUCCAUCGUCACAGGAAUCCAGCAGUGCUGAAGACGACGACACAGUCAGCAUAGUAGAGAUUGGCUAUCCGGCACUGAUCGAGCAGCUAAAGGUCAGGAAGUGCUUGGAGCGAUACAUGGUUAACUCUGAUCAAUACUUAGUGAGACAGAAUGGAGGAGCUCAGGCGCUGACGUUGGGCCUGCCGGGGGUUUUAUCUGCAGCCUUUGCUACAACAUUGAUGAUAAUUAAUAGCAACAUAAUAAUGUUGCUGCACUGACAGCAUUUGCAGGGUAAAUCAGUUGAGAUUUUGCCAUCCUCCUCUCUACCUGGAAGAAUAUUAAAACAUGGAAGUAGAAAAAAGCUUCUUUUACAUUGCAAAAACAGUCUUACCAAGUAUUUUUGUCUAGUAUGGAGAAAAAUGUGUCAGUAAAAUAAUCGACCAGUGGAACUAAUCCUUUUUUAAAAUCUGUAUUAAGAAAUAUUGACUUAAAGCAAGCUCCUAUAUCUUGCUGAAGAGUUACCCGUAAGUAAAUUUAGUCUUAUUUCAAAUUUUCUAUGAUAUUUGCACUAGAAACUAUACAAAAUACUUGGUAAAAUUUUGUGCUUUUGCAGUAAUACAGGCUUUUUAACCAACAAGGCAUGAAACACCAUGAGAUUCACAUGGUAUGAUAAUGUUACCAAUGUAUAGAUAUUUAUUGCUACUUCAUAUAUAUAGUAAUAUUCUUUCUGCUGUGUCUUUAUGGAGUAACACGCCUAUGUAGUCGCUCUACAGAAUGCCACUCAGAACUUGAUGACUGGUGAUCCUUUUGUUUCCUUGAUAUGACUGCCCAGAAUGUCCUGACCAAACUUGUGAAUAAGAGUGUUUUCACACCUUAUAGUCCAGGAGACUCGGUUCGAUUGGUGACCAAAAUUGCAACAUUUGUUAAAUUUUCAUCCACACUGUGUCAAAGGAACUACACCGUUUGACAAACCUGUUUGCCGCCUCGCCUGUGGUGGCGCUGCACCAGGAACCACUGAAGGAGACAUGAGUGGAAACAAAACGGAAACAAAAAUGAAGUGGAGUCAAAUUUUAGCAGUUGUAGGGUUUCUCUUUAGUCUUUGGUAAAAGCCCACUAGAUAUUUCUCCCACUAUUGCUAGAGUCGUGCAUUUAUUUCGGUUGUAUUUACCCAGAAUGCCCUGCGCUGUAGUUCGUUUCCUGCUUUUGGAGCUGACUCCAGUCUGCUUGGUGAACCGCGCUAGAGUUCACUUCAAUUGAACCAAGGCCGAGGUUUGUAGGCAGACCUACAGAGUUUGAUUGUGCGUUCACACCAACUCAAACAAACUGGACUCAAACAAACUGGACUUAGUAGUCAAACUACCUAGACUUUGAUUAGAGCGUCACUCUAUGAAAAAGCUUGCUAUAUUUAACCAACGGACAAAUUUGUAUCAUUCUUGACUUGAAUUUAUGGGCCACACACAAUCAGUCCAGGACUACAAUUGGCCCCUGAGCCACACUUUGGACACCUCUGGGUUAGAGUUUCCUGAAUCUUCUGCUUGCUAUGGAUGAAGAUGAUUAUGAAGUAAUUGUGGGAAAUUUUAGCUUUAAGAGAAAAAGCCACAGUGAAUUAUGGCUCACAAAGAAGAUUUCAAAUACACCACAACUUUUAAAAUAAUAUAUUCUUUAACAACUUUUUAAUUUGGUUUUAACAAUUGACUGUAAAGUUUUAUUAUUUAUACAAAAGUUGCUUCAUUUUGGGACCAAGGCUGAAAUUGUUACAAAUGUCUUGCACCAGUAAUAUACCCAUGUUGCCUUUCUCUUUGUAUAAUAAAAACAAUUUGUACUUUGAUUUUUAUUUUUAAAUUUUUGUUAAUCUAAACUGAUUCAGGGCAAAAUUCACCAUUUCAGUUUAGUAUUUUGAGUGUUUUUAAACGUAGCUGCGUCUGCCUCUGACUUUCAGGGCUUUUUAUAUCAGGAUUUCCUCCAGAUCACGAUAGAAAUGUCUUUAUCAAGGAGAAUUAGUUUUAAUACAUUUCUGAUUAUCACCUGUUUAUAUCUCGUAGUGUCCAACAUGGCAACAGUAACCUGUGAUUGGUGGUUUAUUGGGCUUUUUUUUAUUUAAGUCUGAAUGUUUUUGUAUUUUUUUUAAUCAGUGCAGAAACUGAAGACACUGUGUAAGGUUAUCUCAAUUUAUUCAGUAACAGGAAAUACACCUUCAUAUCAGUUUGUUUUCUGUUUUUUACAUAACUCGUUGGAAAAAACAAAACCCAAUGAAACUUUAAUAGAAGAAUGUACCCUCAGCUCAUUGUUUUGAAUGUGAAUGUAUCUUCAUUAAUGACCAAAUGUGUUUGUUUUGUGCAAAGUAUCAGAAAUGUAAACAUUUUAUGUCUGUGAUUUUAAAUGUAUUGGUAAAUGUAUUUGUUGUCAAUGCUAUGAUAAAAACAAUGCAGCCAACGCCAUAAUUUAGGUUACAAAGGGGUAAAUUCAGACUCUUUUUAACACAUCAGUCCAUAUCCUGUGGCCACUAGAAGGCGCUGUCACACAGAAACAUUUAAUGUAAACAUUUUCUUAUUCUGCUGAUAAAUGUCCUGCUCUUAGUGUUUGUCUUCUCUAAUAAACUUAACUUCUAGUGAUUCCCUGA